CCCAGCCUUUGGCUGCCACAAACAGAACUGCAGUUUUAAUGUCUUCUAUUUGUGUCUUUGUGUCCAUGUGUGAAUGGCUCUGUAGAUUCAACUCCUAACAGCGGCAUCGUAAGUCAGAGGGGAUGUGCGUUUGGAGUGUCGAUAGACAGCUAUCUACUCGUCCUCCACCAAAGUCCACAGUUGUUAAACUUGCCCAUCCUUCUAUCCCCAGUGCCUGUAGUGAUCAGACCUCUCUCCCUUGCCAGAUUCUGAGUUGAUUGAGAAGGAAAUAAAACUGGAGUUGGUUCACAACAGCAUUAUUCACAAUGGCCAAAGCAUGAAACAACCCAAAUGUUCAACAGCAGAUGAAGAAGUAAACAAAAUGUGGUUUCUCCAUCCAAUAGAAUAUGAAUCAGCCAUAAAAAGGAAGGAAGUACUGAUACAGACUACAAUGUGGACGAUCCUUACAACUAUUGUGCAAAGUGUGAAAGAAGCCCAGCCACAUAUUUUGUCAUUUUAUGCAAAAUGUCCAGAAGAAACAAAUCCAUAGAAACAGAAAGAUGAGUGGUGGCCGGAGGCCAGGGGAGGAAAUAACAGGGAGUGACUGCUAAUGGGGACAGAUGGGGCUUCCGUUUAGGGUGAUGAAAUCAGCAGUGAAACCAGGUAGCGGUGAUAGUUGCACAGCACUGUGAAUGUACUUAUCGCCACUCAGUUGUAGACUUUAAAAUGGCCACUUUUAUAUUACUUGUAUUUUCCCACAACAAAAAAGAUUCAGCAGAUGCUGGCUAAACUCUUCCCUGUAUUGUUGAUCAAGCUGAGUUGCUGCUUCUAAGGGAACCCCAGACUCCUUUCCAGGCAGCCCUGGGCGUCGGGCUCUAAGAGAGGCCUCCGCCAUCCCAGGCUCUCCUCGGAGGGGUGUGGGCCCUCUGUAGGCAGCUUGCUCUCAGGAGGAAAGGAGAAGGACCUGGAAGCACACUUGCUAUAGCACACCCACUCCACCUCCCUGGGAGGAAGGAAAGGGGAGGCAGGGGGAGGAAUGUUUUGCUGAUGGGUUUCCAGGAAGCAUCAGGAAUGGUGAAGUACUGCCUCCCAACACGCAAAUAUGGUUUCGUGACCAAAUGCAUGGACUCCACCCUCUGGGCCCCACAGAGCCUUUGCCUGCCUGCCUUCUUCUGGAGAGAGGGGUCUGACCAGGAGUUAGGAGCCAUUCCUACCUGGGACCAACAGAGCCCCAAAUCCCUGUCCCAGUACCCACCCCCCUUAAUUCCAGCUCCUGUCUGUGCAGGGCUUGCCUUUUCAUUUCCAUUCCAAAGCAGUCUCCUGCCAGACCUCUGAGGAGACCUCUGAAGAGACAGCGGUUUUGAGAGAGGCCUUUGUUGUGCUCUGGACUUCCUGCUCCGUGCCAUGAACCUAUCUUCUAGGAAGGGCGGCUGCAGCAGGGGAACCAGGAAGAUUUUCUUUACGGAAAAGUUUAGCCCUCACUUAGUAAUCUGCUAUUUAAAUGCACCUCCCACGUGCCAGUCAGACCCAGACCCCAGGCCUUCCCAGCCCAGGAGAGUGGAGGAGGGUGAAUGCGAGGUCCUUGUCUGACAAGAAGCCCUGGGGGCCACUCGGCAUAUAGGAGGAUGGGAGGUAAGGCCAGGGGAGGUCUUUUUGUUCACUGGGGGGAAGCCAUUGGGCUCAGAAAUUUUGAUACUCUGUUUCUGGUGACACUUUAAAGAAGGAACGUGGCAGACCCUGAGUUACACUGAGGAGUGUCCCCAUCAGCCGCAUGUGGGGCAGCCUGAGGGGAGCAGAAGUCCAACCCUAGGUGCCUUGCAGGGAUACCACUCACCACCAGGGAGCUGCCAGUUCCCUAUUAGAGCUUUCAGAACAGCUCUUGCUUUAUGUUCCUUGGACACUAGACUCCAGGCACCUCCAUGGGAAGGGUCCCGGUGUGCAAAUGUCUGCAUAGGAAUGUCUCCCCUCCUCAUGGAAGGGUGACAGUGAUGUCACAUCAGAGGCUCCCAGAAGCCCUUUAGUGAGAAACAGUCCAGAAAUGUGUCCAGAGUUCUCCCAGCUGUCCCUUUUGCCCAGUAAUCAAUCCCUCUAUGCCAGAGGGCUACUGUGUUGCUUCUUCAGACCUGGUCUUGACAUUGCUGUGGGGGAGGGCCGUGCAACACCCUAAGGGGUCCUGGACACUCUUCUUUCACUCUCCCCACCCCCGGGGGGUUCAGGUUUUGGUUUUGGUUUCAGACUGACUUCUCAGUGUUGGUUGAGCGCCGCCUGUUGGCUGUUGGGAUAUUAUGGACCUAGGGUGACAGGUGAUAGCAAUUGGACAUAAACACUGAGCAAGAGGGAAAUAGCCCAGCAGCUAAGCGGGAAGAUGAGAAGCCAGAACUCUACCCUCUCAGAUUUGACUUCUGGUGUCCAAGGUCUGAUCGCUCUCUGCAUCUCCCAGCCCCUCCGUGUGGCAAGUUGGUGUCUCCAAAGUGGAAGAAUUUCAAGGGCCUGAAGCUCCAGUGGAGAGACAAGAUCCGGCUCAACAACGCCAUCUGGCGGGCAUGGUACAUGCAGUAUUUGGAAAAGCGCAAGAAUCCCGUGUGUCACUUUGUCACUCCGCUGGACGGCUCUGUGGAAGUGGAUGAGCACCGCCGGCCAGAGGCCAUUACCACGGAGGGGAAGUACUGGAAGAGCCGCAUUGAGAUCGUGAUCCGGGAGUAUCACAAGUGGAGAACCUACUUCAAGAAAAGGCUCCAGCAGCACAAGGAUGAGGACCUCUCCAGCCUGGCCCAAGACGAUGACAUGCUGUAUUGGCACAAGCAUGGGGAUGGCUGGAAGACCCCUGUCCCCAUGGAGGAGGACACACUGCUGGACACGGACAUGCUCAUGUCGGAAUUCAGCGACACCCUCUUCUCCACGCUUUCCUCCCACCCGCCUGUGGCUUGGCCCAACCCACGUGAAAUAGCACAUCUGGGAAAUGCAGACAUGAUUCAGCCGGGGCUGAUGCCCUUGCAACCCAACCUGGACUUCAUGGACACUUUUGAGCCUUUCCAGGACCUCUUCUCUUCCAGCCGCUCCAUUUUUGGCUCCAUGCUGCCUGCACCCGCCUCAGCAGCUGCGCCGGACCCCAGCAGCCCGCCUGCUCAGGAGAGCAUCCUGCCAACCACUGCUCUCCCCACCGCCAGCCUCCCUGACAGCUUCAUCGCACCCCCUGUGGUCACUGCCCUGGACCCCACAAAUGGGCAGGGCUGUGAACACACCUCCCAGCCUGGGGACCCUUUUGUCCAGCCUGCAGAAUUGGGACCCUCUGCACCACCACUGACUGUCCCCCAGCCUUUCCUCCCCGUGUUUACCAUGCCGUUGCUCUCGCCCAGCCCUGCCCCGGCACCCCUGUCCCCUGCCUUGCACUUAGGUCCUCCUCCUGCCACUGCCCUGAGCCCCCCAACUCCACCCGCCUUCCUGCAGCCACAGAAGUUUGCCGAAGUCAGCAAAUCACCCUCUGUCAUCACCCAUACGGCCUCCGCCACCCUCACCCAUGAUGCCUCUGCCACCACCUUCAGCCAGAGCCAGGGACUCAUUAUCACAACCCGCUAUCCCACCCCCUCCAUGUCCCCCUGUGGCCUGGCGCUGUCUCCAGUCACCCGGCCCAUGACUGUCGGGCCUCCCCAACCUCGUUUAACUUUUGUGCACCCCAAGCCUGUAUCCUUGCCUGGGGGGAGGCACAAGCAGCCCCCCAAAAUAGUGCCUGCUCCCAAACCAGAGCCUGUGUCCUUGGUAUUGAAGAAUGCUCGCAUCGCCCCAGCUGCCUUUUCAGGACCGCCACAAGCAGUGAUCAUGACAUCAGGCCCUCUGAAGAGAGAAGGGGUGCUGGCUUCCACCGUGUCUCAGUCCAACAUGGUCAUUACGCCUGCUGCCAUUACCAGGGCUCCUGGAGUCACAGAGUUCCAUAGCAGCAUCCUGGUGACAGACCUUGGUCACGGCACGGGCAGCCAGCCUGCCCCCGUCUCACGGCUCUUCUCUCCAAGCACAGUGCCAGACUCCCUGGUGAAGGGCGAGCAGGCUCCUCUGCACGGGGGUGCGCCCUCAGUCCCUGCCGCGGGCCCAAGUGAGUCUUCUCUUCGGUUGGAUCAGUUGGGAUUGCGUCGAGACUGCCCGAACUCAGGGCAGGCCUCUCCGUGUGCUUCAGAACAGAGCCCCAGCCCUCAGUCUCCCCAGAACAACUGCUCAGGGAAAUCUACUGCAGACCUCAAAAAUGUGGCUGCUUUAAAGAACCGGCAGAUGAAGCACAUUUCAGCUGAGCAGAAGAGACGCUUCAACAUCAAGAUGGGCUUUGACACCCUGAACAGUUUGAUCUCUAAUAACACCAAGCUGACCAGCCACGCCAUCACGCUGCAGAAGACCGUGGAGUACAUCACCAAGCUGCAGCAGGAGCGCAGCCAGAUGCAGGAGGAGGCCCGGCGGCUGCGAGAGGAAAUCGAGGAGCUCAACGCCACCAUCCUCUCCUGUCAGCAGCUGCUCCCUGCCACAGGCGUCCCCGUCACCCGACGCCAGUUUGAUCACAUGAGAGACAUGUUUGAUGAAUAUGUGAAAAGUCGGACCCUGCAGAAUUGGAAGUUCUGGAUUUUCAGCGUCAUCAUCAAGCCACUCUUUGAGUCCUUCAAGGGUGUGGUGUCCACCAGCAGCCUGGAGGAGCUGCACCGGACGGCACUGUCCUGGCUGGACGAGCACUGCUCCCUGCCCGUCCUCAGGCCGACUGUGCUGAACACCCUCCGGCACCUGAGCACCACCACAUCCAUCCUGACCAACCCGUCCCAGCUGCCUGAGCAGGCCGCGGAGGCCGUCACCAGAAUUGGCAAGAGACCUGGGGAGUCUUAGCAGCACUUCGUGGCUACGCGGUGACGGGAGAUGCCGUGGAGACCCUUUCCUGCCUGCGGAGAGGAGGCCGCGCCCACACCUCUCCUGACCCAGAGCCUCAGGGCUUCCCUCCAACCUCGGCCACCAGGCUGCACAGGACACCACGCUCAGGUCUGAAGCAGGUUCAGGUCCUGCCAACAGCAAUAGCCCAGCUUUGGGAACCCCUUGCUGUGAACUCUGACUCAGCGACCUCAGUACCGACCUCCUUUCCCCUCGGAGUGGCCCAGACAAAGGGCAGCACCGCUGUUUCUGUCCUGUCCUGUCCUGUCCUGCUGGUGGGGUGUUGGGGCCACAGGUCCAGUGCAGAGAGCAGAGGGGGCAAGCAGAGGUGACAUUCCCAGAAUCAGGUCAUGUGAAGGUCCUUCCUGGCUCCUGUCUGAGGAUUUAGAGACGCUCUCUCCUGGCAUGGCUCGGCCUGCCCCUGCCUGUGGGGCGGUUGGAAGGCAUCCUUCCUCCCCUGACUCUGACCUUGUAAACAGAUUGGACAUAGGUUCAGGCUUCGCAAGGUUGGCUGCAGGGAGACCUGCAACACGUGUGCAGAGCCAUGGGUGUGUGUCCCUUAGGAUGGGGGACAGAACAUCGCAGAGUUGCUGCUGGCCUGGAGAGCCUCUCGGCAGUGCUGCAUCUGUUCUGAUUUGGUUUCACUUGGCAUUGCAGCAUCCGCAGCAGUGCUGACCUGAGGGUAGAGUGGUGGGGGCUCAGCCAGGGCCUGCUCCCUCCUUCUCCACCUGCCUCCAAGCUGCAGCUGGGUGAAUGUCUGGGCUUGAUGGUUGCUGCUAGCCCUUCGAGUGUGGUGUUUAAAAGACCGGGCUCCACAAGGCUGCCAUCAGCCUGGUCACUUUGUCUGGAUUGUCCAGCCUGGAGCCCCAAACUAAUUAGUAAUUCUCAGACUAAAGCACUACCAUGACCCAGCACCUGCCCUGUCUUGUGUUUGGAGGCAGAAAUUGAAAUGUUGACACAGAGCUCCAAGGUGGCUGCCUGAGCUGUAUUUGGGUGGCUCCCAGAUCAGACAGUCAAGAGUGGUACUCAGAUGUGGUCCAGGAGGAGGAGGACAGAGCAGCUGGCUGUUUCCGAAUGUGAGGGUUGCGUUGGGGGGAGGGCCUGGGCGUCCUGUCACUGCAUCUGCAAGAGCAGCUCCAGGUGGAGGGACGUCCUCUAUCACUCAGGAAGCCCAGCCAAGGGUACCUUCUCCUUGAAAGAAUGUGCUUUUCACGUCCUGCUGUGAAGUUCAGAGGCCAGCAGGCUUCCCGCGAGACCUCUGUCCUCCUUGGGCAGAUCUGGGCAGGCCAGGAGAAAGCUCGGGAGCCACGUGAGGGGGGCGCCAAGUUUGGAUCCAUUCAGAGGCUCCCGCUGGUUCUGGAGGCCUGUGACGGUGCUCCGGGGUGGCCAGCCCCACCUCAGCCUAACUCAUGGAGGAUGGAAGUGGGGUCCUUUCCCUGCCACCAGAGGUGCCACCGCCUCUGCCACGGGUCAGCUGCUCCCUGUCUGUGCUCCAGCCCUGUCAAGAGACCCUCAGCGGCACCCCUCAGCCUCCCCAGAAAAUGUGUUUACAGGCCUUCCCAUCACUCUCUCCCUUCGUUUCCCCUGGGAGGUGGGAGGAGAACGCCGCCUUCCCCGGGAUGAACUUGAGGUCAUCCUUCAAAAGGAGAGGACCACCACGGGGAGAAAACUCCGUGCAGGCUCUCGGAGAGUCCCAUGCUCAGCCUCACCCCGGUUCCUGUGCCUUUGUAAACCGCCUAGGUGGCCGCAGAGCUCGGCCCAGCCACAUCUCCGAAAUCAGUAGCUUUCUCCCUACCCCUUGCUGGGAGGUUUUUUUGUUUUAACUCCGUGGGAUGUAAAAUUGGCCUCUUGCUUCUCUGGCCUACCUCUCCCUCUCUCCCUUUGGCAGGUUUAAUGUUCAUGAUUCUGUUUUGUUAAAUAUUUAAGGCUGUUAGGUUGUGUGAGGCGUUGAAGGUUUUGUGUGUGUGUCUGUGUGUGUGUGGGGGGGUACGUCACAGCAGACGGUUAACUAGAUGCAUGUUUUGUUUUGAAGUAUUUACUUAAAUCCAUUUCUCUUGGUGCUCACCAUUAUCACGGCUUUCAGGCCACAAGGCUGUAUCUCUUAUUACAGACACGGUUGUUUCUUGCUUCGGAAGUUUUCUUAUUUUGGAUUCUUGCCUGAUUAGUCUGGCCAGACAGGAGCCUAGCUUUGACCUCUGUCCUGGGGUCCCAGGCUGGAGUGCAGGCCAACGGGGCCCCUCUGCCAGCCGCCUCCAGUGGACGCUGCGGUUUGUUUACACUCCCUUUCACCCCCACUCCUGUCCCUGCUCCCAUGAAAGUGCUGACACUUUGGAGAAUAAGAAAAUGAAUUUCAAGAGGGAAAAAAAAGCUUGUCUAGCACAUAAAUUUCUGAAAGUGUUUCUGUGAAAUCUUUCUGUGCCAUCAGCUCCCUUCCCACUGCUGGUUGCUCUUUGACGACAACUGGGAAAUACAGGGAGAGCGGGGCUUUCUGAAGCUGGCUGGCCCAUCCCUCCCUCGGUUUCAGGCGGGUUACAUGCCAACUGUCACCCCCCAGGAGGCCCCCCAACCAACGCAUCGCGCGGUUUUUCAUGGCACAGGGGAAGCUGUCCCAGCGUCAGAGGUUGGUUUCAUGUGAGCACUGGCUUUUGUUGGGGAGGGACUGUCAGGGCUGCGGUGUCCCUGAAGCCAGUGCAAGGGGGAGGGGUGCUUUGCGGUGCCCGCGUGGCCUUGCACACUCAGCUCCCUCCACUUCCUGUCCUUGUGACCUGACGCAGCCUCCCCUUUCUAGACAGAGGUCAGCCCUUGAGGGGUUUUUUCCUCCCUCUGGCCAAUAGGAGUAGAAAGUUAGAUUCUUUUUUUUGUUUUUUUGUCUUUAUAGGGCUGCACCCGCGGCAUAUGGAGGUUCCCAGGCUAGGGGUCUAAUUGGAGCUACAGCUGCUGGCCUACACCACAGCCACAGCAACUCGAGAUCUGAGCCAUGUCUGUGACCUGCAGCACAGCUUAUGGCAGCACUGAAUCCUUAACCCACUGAGUGAGGCCAGGGAUCAAACCUGCAACCUCAUGUUUCCUAGUCGGAUUUGUUUCCACUGCGCCACAAUGGGAACUCCUAGAAAAAUUAGAUUCUUAAGGGACCUGGCACCCCAGUGUGGUGCUAAACCCCUCUGUCCCUCCCCAGGUCUAGGGGUGUGGUGGCCUGAUCUUGGGAGGCUUACUGCCAGGAGGGGGUCCCCACCUCCCCUCUCAUGUGCAGUCCUGGCCAGCCUGACCUGGCAUGGUGCUGGCUGACUGCCCCACGUCAGUUCUUUUAUCUCAUCCGGGGUCAGCUCUGGGUGGGCAGCCUUGGCACAGCACCCCUAUGCUCUUCCCCUCCCAUGGUCAUCUAGCUCUGCCUGGGUCUUUUGUCUCUCUCACGGCCCCAGGCCCCUAACUAAGCUGAGUAUAGCUUCUCUCCUCUCUCUGGUGGAGGAAUUGCCUUUCCAUAGAGAUGCCUUGCUUCCGCUGAUUGAUUUGCUGCAGGUGAAACCCGCCCGGUCUGCUGCUUGUCGGAGCCACUUUGCAAAGUGCUUCCUCUGCAGUGGCCUUGACAACGAGGAAGGGAGCUCGCUAGCCCUGAGGUGGAUGCGCAGCAACGGUGGGCCGUGGUUUUUGGCUCGAUGUCCCUGAUGCUUUGUAUAUUAAAGAUUUUCACCACAUCUGAACAUAGACAGCAGGAGAGGAGAGCAGGGGUAGAGGAGUUUGGACCUUCAACACGCGUAUUUCCGUGGUUGCCAUCGCCUUGACCUGCUGGGCAGGCAGGUUUGGGGAGCGGAGGGGCUCUGGGAGCAGAGACAGGCCCCAGAACCCCCAGCUGCGCCCACACCCCCUCCAUCACCUGCCCCAUUGUCUUUCCCUUCUGAGGCCUUGGCUUUCCCAGCUCACCACGUGGGGGCCGUUCCCGUCGAGGCUUGUGAAAAUCAGCCUUUGAGAAAGAAAAGGGAACUUUUCCUGUUGAAUGUUGGCUCUGUGUGUGUGUGUGUGUGUGUGUGUGUGUGUGUUUGUGGGUGUUUUUAAUGGAUUUUAUUUUUGUGAAAUAUCUUGACAAUUAUGUAGCAAAAUUCGCUUUUAUCUCCCAGUCAACCUUUUGGUUCCAGAGUCAACCCUGGGUGUCACUAAUUGGAAGAAUUCUCUCCUGGGUAUGUGAACAGAGAGGUGCCACCCUCAAGAGUUGAGGUGGUGGAGAGGGUUGGGAGAAACUGAAGUUCGAUACAUUUCCAUAGAGUUUCCUUCCUGCAGUUAAAAGGUAGGAGACAUGGAGCCGAGGCCGUGUGUCCCCGAGGGAACUGGCACGAGGCCCCUCCCUCGGCGCCCUUGCUGCUGCUUUAUCUGAAUCUGUUCACACUCGUGUUUGUGGGCUUCUUCUGUAACGCCACAGCUGAAACAGCACGUUCUUUUCCUUUUUCUGCUUUCAGUUCAUUGUGUAAAUUGUUCAUUUUUUUCUCUUGUGAGCUCCGGUGACUGUGUCAGGGCUUCUGUAGCAAACAGUCACCCCUCGUGGGCAGAAAAACAAAACCCAAAAAGAGUCUUGCUCACCAGAGGCCCCAAGCCUCAGGCCUGCGCCAUCCAGAGCAAGGCCGUUUAUGCUCCGCCGUUGAGAAGCACCUUUCCACCAGCUGUAUUCAACACUACAAUGCAGUUUGAAAACUAUAUUUGCAUCCAAGACAAUAAAAGGCCGUAUUUUUUGAAAA